ACAAACAGAUCAUACGUACCAUGAAGAAUUCCUCCAACGGCGACCAACCCAUCCAAAGCCGUGUCAAGGCCAAGGCUUGGUCGACUGAUUUGUGCGAAUGUUGGAUAAACAUAAACUCAUGUUGCUUGACUUGUUGGUGUCCAUGUGUUGCCUUUGGACGCAUCGCAGAGGUUGUAGACAGAGGAUCCACGUCUUGUGGUGUGAGCGGAGCAUUGUACAUGAUCAUAUUCAUGCUGACCGGGUUCGGAGGAAGCAGUCUCUACUCUUGCUUUUACCGAACAAAACUAAGAGCCCAGUACAAUCUCAAGGAGAGACCUUGUUGUGACUGUUGUGUCCACUUUUGCUGCGAGCCAUGCGCUCUUUGUCAAGAGUAUAGGCAACUUCAAAACAACAAAGCCUUCGACUUGUCCAUCGGGUGGCAUGGGAAUAUGGAACGACAAGCACGACUUGCGGCUGCAUCUGCAUUUGCGCCUUCCGCUCCUCCAUCGCUUCAAGAGCCCAUGUCUAGAUUGAAUUAGAUUUGUUUAUCUAUAUAUCAACAACAAGUUACAUAUCUACGAGACACUAUGCAUGUCUAUUAAAGUUGUUUGGAUCCCGUGACGUUAUUUGUAUCGCAUUUGGUGUG